AUGGUGUCCGAUAUAGGGCCAAUACCAGACUCACGAUGGCAAUCUGGUGGGAAAAAAACUCAAGAGAACAACAACAUUGCAAUACACGUCACUCCACCAGAUGGAGAAGAAGAUGACGAAUUCGUACCACAGUUGCGCAUGCGCCGCAAAUUUAGCACUCCCCUUAGUGCACUUUCUGGCUCAGUCGAUGGAUAUAUGGAUCAAGAUCUUCGUUGUUCACCAUCGCGAUGCUUAUCCCCUUUGGAUCGAACCAAACGUCGUUUCAGUACUAUGGUAUCAAGUGCUGCGGCCGCUGCAGUGUCCCGCCGCUUAUCUGCCACCAUCGGCUGGUGCUUGGCCACCCCUACCCACGUCAAGCCACAGAUCGUCAGGCAGGGUCGUGCACUAUGCUUACAAUAUAUAAGAACACAAAUACGACGGUCACCAUCUUGUCCCAACAAGCAAAUCGUAUUGAAGCGUCUUCAAACAAUGCUGGAAACGGAAUGCGGUGAGGAAGCUGUCAAUAAUACAGAAACUGGUGUGCUUGCGGCUCUACGCGCUUUAUGUGCUGCUUUAGAGAGAAAAAGACCAGAUGCAUUUAGACACGUGGCGAGGCAAGCUACUCGCGCCCCGUCGGCCAUGUUGCGAUCAGACUCUGCACUCGCCGAACUAACCCUUGCCCUCGCGCGCCGCAUUACUAGGGAAAAUAUUACGUGGUCCAAGAUCGCAGCGGUAUAUUGCAUAUGUGGUGCGUUAAGUAGAGAGGCAGCCGAAGCAGCCGACGGAGAACCAGCGCUCGAACUUGUAGCAGCACCAGCCGCUGCUAUAGCUGACCUAUUACACGACGAACCCGGGUCUUGGAUAGCUUGCCACGGUGGAUGGAAUGGACUUAUCGAGCGUCUUCGAAUAAGUGAACGAGACCAACGGUCUGAGAAGACUCUACGAGUAAUGGUAUCAUUUUUCGUAAUAGUGUGUCUGGUACUUCUGCUGCUACGGUGGGUGCUUCGUGCACAUCCAGCGUAUUACGAA